AUGUCGGAAACAGCCGAGAUGCGAUCGUUCACUUCAGGGCUGAAUGACCUGGAAGGUUAUACAGAAUAUGACGAGGAGGAAGAGGAGUAUAUUGAAGAAGGGAGUAGUAAUGACGAGGAGGGCGAGGAGGAGGGCAAAGGCGAGGUAAUGCAGAACGAGGAGUCACAAUUCCUCGAUCCCACCUACCUAAACAAUCAAGUUUUCUAUCGUGAUCUUCCUCCAAAUCUGACCCCUGCCAUGCUUCGAAGAAUCAUAUCAGUCGAGUUAGAACGCCUAAAAGGCAUGAAACAGUCAGAGUUUGUGGAAAAAAUGGAGGAGUUGAAGCAUCUUCAUACCCAAAUCUACGAGGCAGCUGAUAGAUUUAUCAAACAAGUGGUCUCCCAAAUCCCCUUCAUUACACCAAUUUUCAAGCAUGUGAGUGAAUACGAUCAACAAGCAUGUGAUAAAGUUCUUGCUGCCACUGACGAGGAAUGGGAUAGCGCUGGAAUUUCUCCCGAAGGUAAAUGUUUUUUUUUUGAUAGUAACUCCAUUCAUUAA